CCAUUCAGUGCUCCUUACGGCACGAAGGAACUUGGUACUGUCGCUGCAAGCGUUUCGUCGCCGCUCCACGCGUCCGCGGUGACUCUGGCUAUCGUCGCAUCCGGUCGCGGAGAAGAGGAAGUCGCGCGUAGACGCGGCACCAGUUGGCUCAGCUUCGGUCCACGAUCCACGUGCAGCACGCUUCCAGUUCGAGGUGUUUGUUUUCCACGCGGGGAAACAGAACCGCGUGUAGACGCUGUUUCCGUACCGCGCGGAUGGUUCCGUGCCAGUUGCCGCGACGCGAUAGUGUGAAAAUUAUUCCCGAUAAGCGUUACGCUUCGCGUGUUCGGCCCCUGUGGAAAUCGAAGUCUGCUAUUCGUCAGAAAGGAAAAGAAAAAGGGGAAGAAGAGGAGGAAGCAGAAAAACGGGAGAUCUAGAGUGCGCGUACGGUGCAGCCGUUCUCUUCGUGGGAGCCAAUCCAUUCGGAGCUAACGAGAGACUGGUUACGAGAGCACAGAGCGGUUUCCGUUAUUAGAAUUCUACGACGAGGCAGGACGGCAGAAAGACUCGGUGCAACCGAAUCGGGAUAUCGAAGAGGAGCGAGGAUCGCGAGGCUGUUGCAACGUGGUGAUCCUCUGCCGAAAAUCCUCCGCGUGAAUCGUACGCGUGGCGCCAUCCUCGCGUCGUGAAACGCUGUCAAAGACGGAAAUGCAUGGUGACACGCACGCGAGGGUGACUUUCCAAUGAUCGGAAAAAGUGGAACGCGGUAGCCGAGCGCAGCAGCGGAACCAGCAACAACGAUGGUAUACAGAGGCAGUUUACAGACCGACGAUCCCAGGGAUGCACCGAAGCUGGUUAGAAUGUCACCGUUGAGAACCAGCAGGCCUACAAAUCCUGUGACCAAUUCACGAGCUGCUUCCUCCGUCAAUAGCCCGGUAUAUCACGGUCCGUUUGUGCCGGCAAUCGACGUUCAUCGAGGCAAAUUGAUCGAUGAAAGACGUUUGGCUCGUGAAAGGGACAUCCAGUCCAUGGAGAAGGUGAUUAUGAGGACAACCGGCCUCAAGGUCGGCGCGCCAAGGCUGCGUAACAUCAGUCAGAUACGAGACACCGUGUUCGUCGACCCGGCCCUGAUACCGAUGGAGAAGAUCGGUCGAGUGGAGAAAGAUCGACCGAGGACCAUCGCCAUCGACGGUUCCAGCAGACCGACCAGGACGCCGAGCUCUAUGCUGGCCGAUCUCAAGGACCUGGAGAGACUGAGGAACACUCCGCCAGUUCAGAGGUGUCCCAGAGUCGCGAGUAGGAACGACGCGAAAUCCUCGACGCCUAGCAGGAAGACGGAGCUGUCGAGCCCGGCGAAGAUUCGCUCGGAUAUCUUCAAGAUCCAACAGAUGUUUCAAACGCCCGAUGGCUCGCCGAGGGCGAUGGUGAAGUGCUCGAACGAGAAGAAGCUCGAGAAGAGGAGCGAGACGGAGAAGCACGAGAAGAAAGCCGCGCCGGAAAUUAAUAAAACGAGAUUACUCGCGCAGAAACUGUUGGAGGCCUCUCGGAGCAAUCGGGAGUCGCUGAAGGAUCGCUACAACAAUCCGAGGAACGCGUCGAACCUGAAAGCGAGCAAGGAAAUUAACGGCAGGGUGUCCGGCAAAGCGAGCCAAAAGAACAGCGUGGAUCCCAAGCAAUCCGAGAGAGGGAAAAAUCACUCAGCCCCAGCGGAGACACAGCCUCAACCCCCGGUUCGGAGAAGAAGAGAGUCGAAGAACAGACGCAGCGGUGACGGGAAUGGAACGAUUCCCGACAACGGCGCGAGGAGCGACGUGCAGGAAAACUCGAGGAAAGCCAAGACAACGGGGAAAGCGAUCGAAGCGUCUUCGAACGACGACGAUCGUUCGAACAACGCCGGUGCAACGGAGGAGUCGAAGAUGAAGACGAAGGAGCUCGACAGACCGGACAUCUUGGAGGGACUGUUGAAGGAGUCUGAUCAGCAACUGGCGGAUCUGAAGUCUGAUCUGCAGGAGAGAAGAAGGUCGCGAAGUCACUGGAGAGGGUUCGUGCAAUCGAUGAGGUUACACGACGUGGAACUUCACUCGGACAGCGAGGAUCAGCGAAAGGACUUGAAUUUAUGGAACAAGAGCAUCAGUCAACGAUGGAGAAAGCUGAGGCGGAGGUGCUCCGUGCAGGAGACCUCGGAACCUCAGGAGGCUUUGAUCCAAGGUGGAACGACCCAGGGGGUUAUUCAACCCGUAAGGUCCAGCCCGGCUAGCAGGGAGUCCUCGCCUGCAGCCAAAAGUCUUCAGGAUGGCAGUUCGCCGAAGAAACUGUUACAGACCAGCUCCCUCAGAUUGCCAGGCACCACCAAGGGUAUCGCGGACAUCCAGCACGUGCUACGAAGCAAAUUCAGCAAGAUAAACGCUGGCAUCCGAAAAAGAAAGGCCCUGAGCGUGACAGAGGUGUUCUCGCAGAAGGAUAACGCGUCGAAUUUCUACGUGCCCAGUCCCCUGUCCUCCUCGAGUAGCCAGAAUUUUGACGGCGAGUGCUACGAUUCCAGCGAACCGACUUCUCUACCACCCUAUCCUUUCCACGACAACCUCGAAACUCUGGCAGAGGGCAGCGUACCAAACUCUCCAAAUUGCAGUAGCCCAUUGACGAACAGCAACAAGACGUUCACGUACUCUCAGACUAGCAGCGCUUACGAUUCCCCGGUCCUGAGUCACGAGCAGAGUCAAAAAGACGUGUACGAGAACGUAUUGUACAACAACUCCCCUCCAGGAUGUUGCCCGAGGUCCAGAGGCGUGUUACAACGCAGCAACUCUGAGAAUCGUGACACUGGCAGACACCAGGAUCAUUCGUACGAGAACGUACGCUUCCAGCGGGGUCACAGGUCGGACCUAACAUCAUCCGUCACGCCACAUUCCGACAGGCAUCUGGCGAGGAGCAACUCCGAGACGAGAGACCACCAUUCGUACGAGAACGUGCAUUUCCAGAAGAACACGAAGUCUAGGAAUCAGUCGGACUCGUCGUUCGAGGAGAUUCACAUACCGAGGGUGACGCCCAGGAAGAGGGUGACCGACUUCAAAGUCGGUGGACAGGUAAACAAUUACACGAACGGGCCUGGAUCGCCGUGCGUGAACAAAGAGGAUGGCCCGUCUAGUCUGGGUGCUGAAAGGAGUCCUGGCAAAAAGACGACCAGACGAAUGAACAGCAGAAGCGUGGCGAAUAUCCCCAGUUCCUCCGGUCCCGGCUUGAAGACUUGGCAAGGCACGCAAGACACAGACGAAGGCCUGAAUACCGACUCCGAACUCGAAGACAUCGACGAAGCUGGCGAGGGUGAAGAGUCGAGAUUCUGCACCCUACCGAGGCCAGGCAAGGGUGGCGCGUCAUUCACGAUACUGACGGCCAGAUUUCUAAAGGGUCCUGGACACAAAGGACUCGGUUUCAGUAUCGUCGGAGGUACAGACAGUCCUCGAGGUAACAUGGGAAUCUACGUGAAGACGGUCUUCCCUAAUGGCCAAGCUGCCGAUCUUGGAACUGUCAAAGAAGGGGACGAAAUUUUGUCGAUAAAUUCGAAACCUCUUCACGGUAUGACGCACGCCGAGGCGAUUGCCGAGUUCAAGUCCGUGAAAGCUGGAGACGUGGUGUUGCACGUCGGACGUCGCGUGAACAGAAAGAAAAGGGACUCCCUGACGUUACCGCCUGCUGCUCCAACGCCACGUCAGCAAGUCAAGUGAACCGUUGAUCUCCUCCUAUCGCAUUCCGCGUGAGAACGUUGCGUUUCCGCUUUGUAUUUAAGCGCUCCGGAUGCGCGCGAAAAUCGAAACUCCGACAUUCAGAAGGACCAUAGCCUAUAAUCCGCGCAGAUGCUCUAUUUCCAUAAGCAAUAUCGUUCAUUAUUGCUGGCAAGAAGGGAAGCGGGACUGCGUUGAUCCCGCGCAACAACGAACCAACUUCAUUUUUACCAUUUCCGGUAAUGUUCUCGGUUGUGCACGUGCGUUUCGAAAUGCGUUUGGUAUAUUACUGCUUCCUAAGAGGAUGCCGCGACGAAGGUUACGUUUUGUAUUUUGCGUCGGAAGAAUUUCCGCAUUCGUCGUUCGAGGUCCUUAUUUCGACAGCGUUGUGGCGAGAAACGUGCGAACGGCAACAAAUUUCGGUGCCAAUACCGUGGCGCGUUCGACGCGAUGGAAUUUAUGCAAAACGAAUCGAAGAAGCGAAGGACGCGCCGAUGCUGUUGAAACGAGGAACUCGGGUAUGCGUUUAUUCGCGCGAAAGCGUUUGCGAAAUUUUCGAGAGAAAUUUGUAGAAUUUCACGGCAACCAGGAACGUAUCGUCGUUCGAAUUCGUAGGGGUGGAUCAAAGAUGUCUCGAAGCAGCAUAGCCAAAGAGCUAUGGACAAAUCAAAACGGUGUAAUCCUAUGGUAUCGUACUAUCUACUCGUAUUCGAUGUACCAAUGUAUCUGUCGGUAACUUUUAAUCGUUCUCUCAGUAAUCACCGAAGUCACUAUUAGCGUUAGUAGCUGUUUAAGGCUCUAGCUUUCAUACUCUUUUCUCGUAUCGAACUUUUUACAAACAGAGAGUGUAUUUUUGUCGAAAUUUACUCGCGUUUUACCCACGGACGAAGUCUAUUUUUUAAAAUGAUCU